UUGAUGAUCCUUAUUAAAGUUCAUCGUGUUGAGCGCGGCAGCAGCCGUAAAGUAAUUAACACACUAGAGUAAAUUGUGCUUUGAAUGAUAUCUACCUUCCCCAGUAAAUGCAAAAAAAGCUUCACGAUAAUUGAAUGAACUAUUACUAACCUCAACACUUGGAUCCAGAAUUUUCUAAUUUCACAUUGUCAAUGGCUUCAUCAGAGAUCGAGAUCGUUUCCGACUCCAAUGAUCAGCAAACUUCUGGUUUUCGAAACCCUAACGAACCAGCCAUACUCGAUGUUUACUCUGCUUGCGCUUACGGUGAUUUUGACAAACUCCGGAAAUUCGUUGAAGUUGACGGCGUUUCCGUUUACCAGCCGGACGGUAACGGAUAUUACGCGCUUCAAUGGGCUGCUCUCAACAAUUUCGCUGAUAUUGUCCAAUAUAUCAUCGAGCACGGGGGAAAUGUCCAUGCGACGGACAAUUCGGGACAGACUGCGUUGCAUUGGGCAGCAGUGCGGGGAUCUAGUGCAGCUGCCGAUGUGUUGUUGCAGAAUGGUGCACGGGUCGAGGCUGCUGACGUUAAUGGCUAUCGGGCAAUUCAUGUUGCAGCUCAGUAUGGACAAACAGCUUUUGUAAAUCACAUUGUUGCGAAGUAUCAUGCUGACCUUAAUGUACCAGAUAAUGAUGGGAGGAGCCCUCUUCACUGGGCUGCAUACAAGGGAUUUGGUGAUACAGUUAGGUUACUUCUAUUCAGAGAUGCUUUCCAAGGGAGACAAGAUAAAAAUGGUUGCACUCCUUUGCAUUGGGCAGCAUUAAGAGGAAAUGCAGAGGCUUGCACUUUACUUGUACAUGCAGGCACAAAGGAGGAAUUAACAGUCAAAGAUAAUGCAGGACUUACUCCUGCAGAGCUUGCAUCUGAUAAAGGUCAUCUGCAAAUAGCACUUAUACUUUCUAAUGCCCAACGGUCACAGAGAAAGCAGUGGAAAGACAAGAUUUGCCCUGCUAAAAUGGGGUAUAAAGGUUAUGCUCCAAUUCUAUUCUCCGUUGUUCUUGUCAACGUCAUUCUCUUCAUCAGUUCAGUCCUCUUUGCUCCUGGUCUUACAAAAGUUACUGCUGUUGUCGCACUUUGGGGAUGGACUGCUGUUUCCCUGGCAGUUGCCGCACUCCUAGUGUUAGUUCGUUGCAGUAGUAAAGAUCCAGGUUACAUCAAAACCGCGGUUGCUGGUCAACCUGAUGCUCAGGAUCCACUAUUGAAUAUUGAUCUGAACAAUACUUCCAGUUGGACUGGGAACUGGUCUCAGCUUUGUCCCACCUGCAAGAUCAUACGACCUGUUCGGUCAAAACACUGUCCUACUUGCAACCGCUGUGUUGAACAAUUCGAUCAUCAUUGCCCUUGGGUCUCAAAUUGUGUGGGGAAGAGGAAUAAGCGGGACUUUUUCAUUUUCCUUUGUAUGGGUUCUUUGACAUCUAUAAUUGGUGCUGCAGUUGCUCUUCAAAGAAUUUGGACAUCAGUACCAUUGUUGGUAGCCGAUGAAUCGUGGUUACAUCAUGUUUUCUUUGCGUAUCCUGGUGUAAUCGCUUUUCUGUUCAUGGAUGGGGUUAUUCUAAUUGCUUCUGUAACUCUCUGCGUAAUACAGAUAUCCCAGAUUGCUCGGAAUCUCACAACAAAUGAGAUGGCAAAUGCUGUGAGAUAUGGUUAUCUUCGUGGUCCAGAUGGGAGGUUCCGAAAUCCCUAUAACCAUGGAUGUCGAAAGAAUUGCUCUGAUUUCCUUAUCAAUGGUUACACAAAUGAUGAUGAGAUAGCAUGGCCACCAUUGCAGCACGUCGCAAGCUAGCAGCAUUUGUAAUCCCUGCUUGCUAAAGGAUGCAUAUAUAACCAGACCCCUCCAGGCUCCAGGUGACCUCUUCAGUAUUUGUGAAGGAUCCUAGGGGCUUUGGUUUAUUUCUAGUCUCCCAAUGUACCAAAAGAAAAAAAUAUAAGGGGCUCUGGUUUAUUUACAUUGUAAAAUAUAUAUCAUCCCACAAAAAUAUAGGGGGAGGGGGGGGAUCUGCAACUCUUGCUGCAUUGAAACUGAUACUGUUCUUUGUAUAUCUUUACAUAUCAAAUAUUUGAGUGAUGAGAAGACUUUCGAGGAGGAGUUUAAGGCGAAUGUGUGUAGUAUUAUUAAAGAA